AAUUAGUUGCACUCGCGCAAAGCUUACUUCCUCUGCCGGUUGUGCAAGAGGAAUAAGCAUGGAAAAUGAUAUUCUUGAUACUCUGGAAGAUGUAGGGUACACUGGACCGCUUCUAGAUCCAUCUGCUUUAUCUGAAGCUGUGAAUCAGGGACCAGCAUCAACAGAGUUCACACAGCUGGUGUCAUGGCUAACCGACAGGCUGAAGAGCUUCUAUGGCUUAGAAGAAAGCAUCAAUGCAACUCACUCCCCUGAUGAUGUUGCCAAUUUUGUUAUGGAACUCAGUGGUUUUCUAAGGGAAUUAAAUUGUCCAUACAAACACCUAUAUGAGGGAGGACCUGUCACAGAGAGACUGAACAAUAAGGAGAGUGCUCUACAACUGUUAGACUACUUGACAUCAGAGCUAGAGACAGCUCAUAUCCUGGCAGUCAGAAAACCACAGGAGUUGAGAUCUGCAACAUCAGAAGCCGAACCUGACACGAAUGAGUCGGACAUUGCAAAGCAUCUGAAGAUCAUGUUGAUAGCUCUAGGAUUCCCGAAGCCUCCAGCAAACAUCACGGCAUUCCAGCUCUUCAGUAAAGUGGAAACAAAGGUGAAUGAACUAAUGUCUAAGAACCCUGGAGUGGUAAGUAAGCCCCUGUUGAAGGCUCGUCUCUCAGACAAACAGUGGGAGCAGAUCAUGAAAAUCAACGACAGCCUGGUCAGGGAGUACACCACCAGACGCGAGAUGAUCCUCAAACGACUAGACGUCACCAUACAGUCAUUCAUGUGGUCAGAGGCAGCAAAGAAAAAAGAGAAUGAAAUAGCUGCUGUGUUCCAUCCAAUCAGAAAGCGGCUGAAGGCUUCUUGUGCUAUAAACGUUGCAGACAUCUUAGCUGCCAGGGAAGAUUUAACCUUUUUACAAAAGACAAGUAGCGGUGAGGCCAGAAUGAAGUGUGCAAUAAACAAAGUGAAAAUUCCUAAGGUCCCAGACAGGGGAGGGAGAGUGUGGGAGCAGGAACCACCCCCUCCAGAAAUGCCCUCCUUUAUGAAGCGAGUGGAUCAACCUCAAGCUCAAAGACAACACUCUGGCAGAGGUGGUCGAGGUGGAGGGAGGCACCAGGACAGGGGUGGGAAAGUCCAGGGAGGCUGGGGGGAUAAACAACAACAGAGCUAUGGAGGGAACUGGAAUCAGGGCGGGGGAGGAUAUGGAGGGGGAGGAGGGCGAGGGAGGGAUCACUACCAGGACGGGGGUUAUCAAGGAGGAUAUCAGGGAGGCGGGAAUCAAGGAGGAUAUCAAAAUGGGGGAUACCAAGGUAAGAACUGUCGAGGUAGAGGUCGGCCAGGAAGUGGACGUGGCAGGGGGAGGGGCCAGUAUUAGUGGUGUGCUGUUUACCUCUUCCAAUUACAUUUGUAUUACAAUGCUAAACACUUGGAAAGAAUUGGUGCCAACUCUAAGACAGAAUUGAAAAAUCAUAGCAAAAAUGUUUGUCUAUUCUGUUACUUGUCUAUUGCUUUUAUUUAGUUGUUAUAAUAAACCAUUAUUGGAUUA